GGGGAAUCAAUGAAAUCCCGUGAGUUUUCCUGUGUGACGCUCUUGAUUGCUAGCGCUGAAUAGUAGCAGCAAAAUAUCAGAACAAUUCAUGAUGAGUUAUAGUGAAAAGCCGGAGGACAUAACGAGAGAAGAGUGGAUGGAGAAGCUCAACAAUGUCCACAUUCAGAGGGCCGACAUGAACAGGCUCAUCAUGAACUACUUGGUGACAGAGGGGUUUAAGGAGGCAGCUGAGAAGUUCCGUAUGGAGUCUGGGAUCGAGCCCAGUGUGGACCUGGAUUCUCUGGACGAGAGGAUAAAGAUCCGGGAGAUGAUCCUGAAGGGACAGAUACAGGAGGCCAUCGCACUCAUCAACAGCCUGCACCCAGAACUGCUCGAUACAAACCGCUACCUGUACUUUCACCUACAGCAGCAGCACCUGAUUGAGCUGAUCCGUCUGAGAGAGACUGAGGCAGCACUAGAGUUUGCUCAGUCCCAGCUGGCAGAGCAGGGGGAGGAGAGUAGAGAGUGUCUGACAGAGAUGGAGAGAACCUUGGCCCUGCUGGCCUUCGACAACCCUGAGGAGUCACCCUUCGGAGACCUCCUCAACACAAUGCAGAGGCAGAAGGUGUGGAGUGAAGUGAACCAGUCUGUGCUGGACUACGAAAACAGAGAGUCAACGCCCAAACUGGCCAAGCUCCUCAAACUGCUCUUGUGGGCUCAGAACGAACUUGACCAAAAGAAAGUCAAGUACCCCAAAAUGACAGACCUCAGCAAGGGCACAAUCGAGGACCCAAAGUGAGAGGACACCAGGCUGUGUAUGCUGGUGUAAACUCAUGGGACUCCCUCCUACCUAUUUAUACUCUGACAGAGACUGACUGAAACAAUAUUUUUUUCUUUCUUUUUGUGGGUUGCUUUUUGGGAGACUUUGAUAACACUGCAUAGUUUGUAUUUUAAAGUGACUUGCUGCCUGAAACGUAAAUGUCUGAAAUAUAAAUCCUUGUAUUUUAAUGAAGUAAAAUUAUAAGACAUGUCUGCAGUAGAUAGUUGUAUAUGAACAUUUCCUUUUUGCAGAUUUCACAGUUACACUAUUUUUUUUCUGUCUACUGGCAGGGAAAGUUAGCCAUCUUUGCAUAUGGAUGGUGUGUUAAAGCCUAAAUUAGGCUCUUGGGACUAUAACGUGUUAACUAAUAAACAAAUGAAUGAGGUUGUGGUGUUGGGGUAGAACAAUUGGUUCCCAUUGCUGUGGUCCGCUGUCUCAAUUACAGUACAUUUUGUUUUAAGUCGCUCUGGAUAAGAGCGUCUGCUAAAUUACGUAAAUGUAAUGUAAAUGUUUUUCUCAACAACAAAAAAACAUUUCAGUUUCUCAUGAAUUGUAGAGUAGGGGCCAAAGCUGGGUACUGACUGAAUGCUUCUAAGCUGCCAGUACCCUGUAAUGUCAGGGUUUUGUUGCAACCUUAGCUUUCAUCCUGUAUUAUCUUGAACCAACAAGAUUAUAAUGUGAAUACAUUCAGAGACAUAAAUUCAUCUAAUGAUGACAGUUUUACAACUGGAUUAUUUACAUUAUGGAAUAAAAUACUAUUUUGGAACACUUGA